ACAAUGUCAAAUUUUCAAAAUUGGAAAAAUGGCGUCGUCGGAAAAGAAUGAUCUCACCGAAGAUGAGAAAUUUGAACUGCAAUUACAAGCUGAGCAAGAACUUGGACGUUUGGCAAGGACAUUCACCAUAUUAGAUCGGAAUCGAGCACAAUUCGGAGAUACUGGAGGAAAGCUAGCAAAGCAAGAGCGUGUUUUAAAUAUAUUUAAGAAGGAACAAAAAAAUAUAUUGACAGACUUAGCUGUUGCAUCCGCCCCGGCUAGAAAAAAAGAAGAUGAGAAAAGAUCUAAUGAACUCUCAAAUUUACUCAAAGAAUAUGACGACUUUGAUGAAGAAAUACGAAUCCAAAAAUCUUAUUUGAACGAAAUCGAUGGACAGAUAAAAAUAGUCAAGAAAAAGGUCCUGGAUUUGGGAUCGAAGCAGAUAACUGAUGAGAAAUAUCAACAAAGAGUAUUGGCAGGUGAAAAAACCGUGCAAACAUUGGAAAACAAACUGGAAGUUCAGAUAAGAAAGUUUUGUGCUAUUUCUUCAGAAAAUAUUAAACUCAGACAGAUGAUCAACCAUUUAUUAAUUGAAAGGAAUGAGUUUAAUAAGAUUUGGGACACCUUGAUAAACAACUUGUGCGUAGGAAAAAAAUUCAUGCUAGACUUGAUCGAACAAGCUACAAUAGCAUAUGAUCAACGGGAAGAAUGGGUGUCAAAAUUGCAGUUUUUAAGAAUAAAAGCCCAUAACGAUUUGAUUACUCAUGUGCAAGAAAUGAGAGUGCUGCAUAGAAAAAAAGAUAACUAUGCUAAAUUGCAAGAGUUUUUUGCGGUAAAAGGACAAAAGCGAGUGAUGAAAGAUCUGGAGAAGAAACAAAUGAUGAAACGUCAGAUGUUCAAGGGCCAGAUGGAAAAACGCCUGGAAAGAUAUCUUCAAAUAAUGCUGUCCAUAAAGGAAUUCACAGGAGAAGAACGGGUACAAACUGUAGCAAAAAAAUUCCUAGAUCAAGAAGAAGAGAAUUUCGGUAUGUUCAAAUAUGUCAAUCACUUGAAUAAGGAGAUGGAAGAACUAACCGAUAAUUUGGGAAAAUUGCAGUUCCAAAUUGAUGAGCAGAAUGCCUUACAUGAAAUGAGGCGGGUGCAACAAGAAGAUAAAAUUGUGACUUUGAGAAACAAAUUUGCGAGUAUUGAAGAAAAAACCAACAAAAAAGCCGAGGAAUUGAAACAAGUGGAACAUAAACUCAACGAAAUAAUAAAGGGCAUUGGAACUCUUUUUAAGAUGUUCAGGUGCAAGAAUGACCCUCUUAUACAACUUCUUGGACACAAUGAAACUAUUACUUAUCAUAACGUUACUUUAUACCUAGAGAUAUUAGAGAAAAAUAUUCAAGAAGUUCUCGUUACUGUUUACUAUAAAGAGAAACAUUUGGUGCACAAGAAAAAGAUGAGAUCGGAUCAAAUGACUAUCCAAGAUGUGAAGACAUCUCCUUCCAUUGAACCUAUUGAACGGAUUGUAAACACCAAUCCGUGUCCUCUAUGUGUGGAACAUGAACUAGUUAAUGAUGUUAUAGAUAUCCUACAAACGCCAUACACUAAAGAAUAUGUAAAGAAAAAACUGGCUAGAAAAAUUGCACGGGAAGGUGUAGAUGAUAAGCUACAUAACGUUUCAGCAUGUCAUUUACCAAAAUCAAGACAAAUUAUUCAAAAAAGAUAUCAAUAAAAAUAUUCGUUUUUUUA